UCCAAUUGGAAGGCGGAUUUUGUGAGGGACUCAGAAUUGUAUACGGUGCUGUAGCUGUCCUGUAUAGCAACCGCCCCACAGUUUUGUAAGUGACAUCAUCAGCGGUUUAUUCGCAUUGUUGAGAUAAACUGGAAAUUUUCGUUCGACUGAGAUGUCCAUCAAUUAUUAGCUGUGAUUAAAGAAGGAAUAAGCCCACCCACAGUAAACAUCCCCAAAAAAAGUAAAACGAUCGCACCGUACCGUCGCGUCAGCUAACCAGAAUGAGCGUGUUAGGAUUCCAAGACAUCCUCCAAGGCCCGUUCGCCCAGUACCUCCAAAUCUCCCAACAGAUAGGCGGCGAUGUGGGCGAACACAGCCAACUGGUGCAGAAAGCCUUCAACGCCCAGCUGGCUUACUUACAAUUGGCCAGCCAAUCCGCCCAACCCGCUAACCAAAACGAUCUUAUGAACCUGCUGAAACCGACGAGCGACAGCAUCAACGCGGUGCAAGAGUACCGCGAGAAGCACCGUUCGUCCAAGUGUUUCAAUCAUCUGUCGGCGAUCAGCGAGAGCAUCCCGGCCCUGGGUUGGGUGACCGUUAGUCCCGCUCCGUCGCCGUAUGUUAAGGAAAUGAACGAUGCCGGCCAGUUUUACACCAACAGGGUGCUGAAGGACUGGAAGGAGGUGGACAAGCGCCACGUCGACUGGGCGAAGGCCUGGGUGCAAACUUUGACGGAGCUGCAGGCGUUCGUCAAGCAGUACCACACGACCGGCCUGGUGUGGGGUGGCAAGGGUGCACCGGCCGUCAGUGCCGCACCUCCACCGCCACCCGGUGGUCUUCCACCGCCGCCUCCGAUUGGUGACCUGAACUUGUCAGCUGCUGACACGUCAAACGACAGGUCGGCACUUUUUGCCGAGAUUAACCAAGGCGAGAACAUCACGAGAAGCUUGAAGAAGGUCACUGCAGACAUGCAGACCCACAAGAACCCGUCGCUGAGACAAGGCCCGGCACCGUUCAAAGCUCCGUCGCAAACAUCGUUUGGCUCCGUUUCGGUACCACAAACAAUCGACAAACCGCCAAGCUUCGUAAGGGAUGGCAAGAAAUGGCUUAUUGAGUACCAAAAGUCCAAUCAUAAUUUACUCGUUGAUGGUGCCGAGAUGAACAACGUGGUUUACCUGUUCAAAUGUACAGAUUCCACCGUCACCGUCAAAGGCAAGAUCAACUCCAUCACGUUGGAUUCUUGUAAGAAGACGUCCGUGGUCUUCGACAGCCUUGUGUCUUCCAUUGAAUUCAUCAAUUGCCAAUCCGUUCAAAUGCAAGUGUUUGGAAAGGUGCCCACAAUAUCAGUGGACAAAACUGACGGUUGCCAAAUCUAUCUGAGCCCAGAUUCCUUAAGUGUUGAAAUUGUUAGUUCGAAGUCUUCGGAAAUGAACGUACUUAUUCCAAAGGGCAAUGGUGAUUAUACUGAGACUCCAGUUCCAGAACAAUUCAAGACUACCAUUACGCCAAACAAGACUCUCCACACCGUGAUAGUAGAAAACAAGGGUUAAAUCGUGUAAUAAUCUUAACAUUAAUUUAUAUAUUUAUCCUAGACUAACUAAAUAAGCAAUUUUAUACAUACAUUUGUAAAUUGAUACACUUGCUCUGCCAUAUUAUGGUUCAUUCUGCUCCUAGAUACAUUAAGUAAUAAGCAAUAUUUCGUCUUAUAUUAUUUAUUGGUUGUGGAUUCAUAUCAGAUUUGUCUUUAUUUGUCAUUGUGUGUAAUUCACAAGUAUUUUAAUUAAUUUGUCGGGCUUCAUAAAUAAAAGUAUUUCAUUUGAUCA